AUGCCUCCUAAAAACGAAAUAAAGUUCAAGGGUAAAAUCUUGUUUCUACAUGGAUAUACUCAAUCUUCCUCGGUCUUUUACGCCAAAACGUCUGCUUUGAGGAAGAAACUUUUAAAGUUAAAUUAUAAAUCUGUCUACUUGAAUGGGCCAACAAAGUUAACCCCAGCUGAUUUGCCAUCAACAGAUUCACUCUCUAAGUUUAAUACGGUCAUAUCAGACGAUGAAGAGACAAAUUAUAGGUCGUGGUGGAUAAAACCUCACAAUACAAACGAUGGCAUCGAUCUAUCCGAACCACUUGCCGAGAUUAAAAACUAUAUAGAUAAAGGUGAAAUUAUCCCAGAUAACGAUUUGGUGCAAGAAACUGAAUCCGAUGAAGAAAGAAGGCUCCCUAUAGUUGGUAUAAUUGGGUUUUCGCAAGGUGCUGCUUUGGCUGGUUUAUUAAGUCAUAAAUUUAAGGAUUUAUUUGGUGUUGAUUCUUUGAAGUUCGUGAUUCUAUACUCAGGUUUUAAAAUUGAUACAUCAGAAAAGUCUGGUAAUGCAAAAUACAAAGAUUAUUAUCCAGCCGAUAAUGGAGAGUCUGAUCAAUUUAAGGUACUUCAUAUUUAUGGAGAAUUGGACACUGUCGUGCAUGAAGACCGGGUUCUUUCGUUGUAUGAAAUAACCAAAGACAAUUCCGAUAUUCUAAAGCAUCCGGGAGGCCAUUUUGUACCUAACUCGAAGUUGAUGGUGGAUCAAACGACUAACUGGAUAGUUCAUAUAAUGGAAAAUAAACAGGAAAUUUCGAAACCUGAAGAUGAUUUAGAUUCACUUAUGGACAUGAUGGAUGGUUUGGGAAAGGCAUAG